CUUCAUGCCCCGCCAUAAACGCAACUUUGCCUACGGUGAACGAUGCAGCAAGAUGUGAUCCAAUUCUGUCCAAUUUUUCCAAGUGUUUGUUGCGAUCAGCCAAGCUCCUGAAACCCGACAACACAUUUGACGAUGUGGCGUUCAAGACGAUUGCACUGAAGAAAAAAUGCAUAUAA